AUGGGCCAGUCGCAGUCGGAUGAGAAUCCACGCCGACGCUCCCGCGAGGACUUGGUGUACCAUCUUGCGCUCAGAUUCAAAGACAAAUGCUUCACGUCCCUGGAAUUCUAUUCGCUCAAAGAUGUCUUCAAGAGCCUUGCCGACCAACAAGGGUCUGUGAGGUACCUCAAGGAAGACACCAUUGCACGCUUCCUCGAGCUGCCCGAUAUCCUAGGAGCGUCCCCCGUUGUUUUCCAAAUGGUUUCUUAUCUUGGCGCAUUUCCUUUCCUGCAAGAUGCCCCUGCUGUUCUGGAGCUUCCGCAAAUGGUCAUGGUUAUUGUCAUCAUGACGGAGCGGUACAAACAUGUGCUGACGGGAGGAUCGACCGAUAGGUCAAAGCUCAUCUUCAAGAGUCUAGCCGUCUAUGAUCGCAAGGCUUCAGAGGCGGGAGUGAGGUCUUUGUCAGAUUCGGCCAAGAGUGACUCGGCCAGUGGCGCUGCCAAUGUUGCCGGUUUUGCCGUUGAUCGUCCUGGCCAAGAAGAAGAGUCGUAUGACGGUGGCGGUGACGAUGACGACGACCUGGUUCUCACGGCAUAUGAGUUGCUGGACAUCAAGGAUGCUGUAAAGCAGGGGACUGCCCCCGAAUUCCACAGUGCCAUCAUACCGACCGACAACUUUCGAAAAUUGGUCAUGCUCUUGCUGUUGGCGGCGCCGCUGGAAGCCCAAGAGAGCUUGUCGCAGUAUUCUAACCGGGUUGUCGGGAGGGAACUCGAACUGCUUCGGUCGACGGCCGAAUGUGUACUUUUGUCAUUCGUUGAUGUAGAAUCAUCGCCUGGCAUCAAAUAUCGUCAUUUCAAGACGAUCCUGCCCGUCUUGUUCCCCAACUUGUUCAACAGUUUCAACGCCCUCUUUGAACACUUUCUUUUCUCCAAGAACCUCGAUUUUUCCAAACACAAAGACGCGAGCCCGCAGCCUCGGCAGAUGCCGGCUCCGAAACCCGCUCAGCCACUCCUCUCCGACAAAGGCGACAUCUUAAACGACCAUGUCCUUGCUCAAAUAUCCCUCUUCCUCCCUGGCUCUUCACUCUUUCGCCGCGUAAGACGUCUGUAUUCUGGAAACGAAGCCGGCUUCUCCAUGGGCAGCUUCGAAUCCAAGGUCUUCAACUGGCGGGCACCCACGAUUCUUCUCGUCAGCGGCACGCUGCUGGCUGACCCGCCGCACGGCGGCCAGGCGGCCACCUUUGCCGAUACUCUGCCAACCAAACGUUUCCAGAAUGGUAGUAAAUCUACCCGUGUCACGUAUGGAGUGUACGUCCGCGAGCCGUGGAAACAUACACACAAAGAGUGCUUUGGCGACUCUGAAACCCUUCUGUUCCAACUGUCCCCAGUGCACGACGUAUUUCCUGCAUCAACCAUAAACACCGACUAUGUGGCCUUUACAAAACCACCGAGCAACCAGUCCUGCCUCUCGUUCGGAUCCCCACAUCCGAGGCCGUCCAAAUCUAGUCGAAGAAAUACGCACCACUCUAUUGGAGCAGUAUCUCUCCUCUUGAACGACUCCUUCGAAUUUGGUGUCUUCAACCACGACUACACGUCUCGCGGAGGAGCCUUCCACGCAAGUAUAUCGCGGAAGUUCGAUUUUCAAGAUCGAUUUGAGAUUGACCAGCUGGAGGGGCAAAUAGGAGCGGAGGGUCAAUGGGGUGAUUUGGCGUAUAUAUACAUCCUCGGAAACCGCUGA